GGUGUCGGCCGGCCGCGGGCGCCGGACCACAACAUUCGCCGGCGGCGGCCGAGCGGCGGAGCGGCGGCCGAGCGCGAGCCCCGGGCGGCCGGCCCCCGCGCCCGCCGAUCGCCGCGUCGCGCCAUGUCGGUGAACACGGACGAGCUGCGGCACCAGGUCAUGAUCAACCAGUUCGUUCUGACCGCGGGCUGCGCGGCCGACCAGGCGAAGCAGCUGCUGCAGGCGGCCCACUGGCAAUUCGAGACCGCCCUGAGCACGUUUUUCCAGGAGACCAACAUUCCCAACAGUCACCACCACCACCAGAUGCAGAUGUGCACUCCCAGCAACACACCUGCUACGCCACCCAACUUCCCCGACGCGCUGGCCAUGUUCUCCAAGCUUCGAGCUUCCGAGGGCCUGCAGAGCAGCAACAGCCCCAUGACGGCCGGGGCCUGCUCGCCCCCUGCAAACUUGAGCCACUUCUGGGCCUCGUCCCCCCCUGGCCACCAGGCGCCCUGGCUCCCACCCUCCUCCCCCACCACCUUCCACCGCCUCCACUGCCCACAGCCCACGUGGCCCCCCGGAGCGCAGCAGGGGGGCGCCCAGCAGAAAGCCAUGGCGGCCGUGGAUGGCCAGAGAUGAGACUGGGUGCUGCCGGGCGCUGGGCUGGAGCCGGGGGCAGUCCAGGGUCGUGGAGACACAGGAGGGCCAGGGAGGGGGGCUGGGAGGGCAGGGGGUUUCCUGAAGAUCGCACUGGAAGAUUUUAUAAAAGAAUUUUUGUGGGUGGGGGGGACAGUAAACUUCCUGGGCCACUUGGGUCCUUCAGGAGUUUCUCUUCAGGCAAGGUUUUUUCCUCUUUUUAAUAUAUAACUAUAAUAUAUAUGAAUAUAUAAAUAUAACUAAUGUAUGUGA